GCCCCACCUCCUCUGCACCUCCUGCCUUCCAGGGGGAGGAAUAGUGGAUCGCGGCUGGAGGCGCCUGCAGAUGCGGGUGGUGUCAUUUGAAGUAGAAACUGCCUUGCAAGGAUGUAUGCUGAGCCACCCUGAAUCUCUGAGCUAAAGCCAUCUUGUUCAUUGUGGGCAAUCUUGCUGAUAUCUUCUUGAAUUCUAUAUGUUUAAUUGGAAUUCAUAAAAAUGUCAGGUGUGGUCCCCAUAGACCCUGAGCAGCCUGCAGGAGAGAUGGAAAAGCAGAUAAUAUCACCAACUGCAGUGCCCGAUGCCCCUCCUGACUACAAUUCUCAUUUUGUGCCCGGCCCUGCUGGACCAGCUGCCCCUCCACCUACAGGCUUGCCUACAGGAUACAACAUUCCACAGCAUCCUGGUGCCAUCUCUUGGUAUUAUCCUAUUGGUAGUACCCAUCCUAUUCAGUACCAGCCUGGCAGAUAUCCCAUGACCAAUCAGCCUGCUCCAGUAAUGUGGAUGCCAGGACCAACUCCUAUGCCCAACUGCCCUUCUGGUCUGGAAUACUUAGCUCAGCUGGACAGCAUACACGUGCUUCAACAUUUUGAGCCUCUAGAAGUGAUGACAGGUUUUGAAACUAAUAAUAGGUAUGACAUCAAGAACAGCAUAGACCAGAUGGUUUACAUCGUAACUGAAGACACAGAUGACUACACAAGGAAUGCCUAUCGAAAUCUACGACCCUUUGUGCUCCGGGUCACUGACUGCCUGGGCCGAGAGAUCAUGACCAUGCAGAGGCCUUUCCGAUGCACCUGCUGUUGCUUCUGCUGCUCCUGUGCAAGACAAGAGCUGGAAGUGCAGUGUCCUCCCGGUGCCACCAUUGGAUUUGUUGCAGAACACUGGAACUUAUGCAGAGCCACUUACAGCAUCCAAAAUCAGGAGAGAGAGAGCAUGAUGAGAGUGCGUGGGCCGUGUGCAACCUACGGCUGUGGUUCAGAUUCUGUCUUCGAGGUCAGCUCUCUAGAUGGAGCCUCUAACAUCGGCAGUAUCAUCCGGAAGUGGAAUGGCUUUUUAUCAACAAUGGGAAACGCCGACCACUUCGAGAUUCGCUUCCCGUUGGAUCUGGACGUGAAGAUGAAAGCGAUGAUUUUUGGCACUUGCUUCCUCAUUGACUUCAUGUACUUUGAAAGGACUCCUUCACGACGUUCAUCAGUAUAGAGGGAUCAAGCCAAGCAUCAGUUGAAAACAAAAUUAGAGAAAUGUACAUUGGACUCACAGCCAGCCUUCAAUUAUUCACAAGUAUAUUUCUCUGGUUUGAACAUUGUUUUCACCGGUAUAAGUUCAAGAAUAAAGUCAGAGCUGGGCGGUGAUGGCGCACGCCUUUAAUCCCAGCACUCGGGAGGCAGAGGCAGGGAUAUCUCUGUGAGUUCGAGGCCAGCCUAGUCUACAAGAGCUAGUUCCAGGACAGGAACCAAAAAAGCUAUGGAGAAACCCUGUCUCGAAAAAUAAAAAAAAAUAAAAAUAAAAAGAAUAAAGUCAGGAUAUGUGUCCCAGUACCUUGUACAUUUUCUUACAUGCACAUUUAACAUUCACACACACCUUAUAUCCGAAUGUUUAUCCUGAAGUCGAGGAUUACAUAUUGUAUCUCAUUUGACAUGUUUUCAAAAUCAGUCUAAUGACCAGGGUGUCUUAAUGACAGUUUAUAAAAACUGAAUGUAUAAAUCGUAUCAUUGUUCAACAGUACUUGACUUGAUUUUCAUGUUAAACAAUUCUUUACACACAAACAAUCAGAAAACACAGUAAAUAUGUUGCCUCCACAUUCUCUCAAUUAUCAGUGAGGACUAUGGAGGACCAGCAGGCCAUACUAAGGACAGUCGGUGUAUGUAUGAAUACACCAACUAGUGAGUCUCUCACUCUGGCUUCUGUCUGCAUGUGGACUGUGUUCUUCCACGGAUGUUUCCUUUCAGAGGUUAUUAAAUGAAGAGUAAGAGAAGAGGCUUAGCCCACCGCUCUUUUUGAAACAGGUGCUUCACUUUCAAUUACAGUAAUCUUUUUAUGAUAAAGUUUGGUUUAUUCGGUUAUUUGUAACAGAUUGUUACUUGCUGCUAUUCAUUUUUUAAUAAAAAUAUGAUAUAUGGAUUGUUUUCUAAAAACUCAAUACCUUAUAUUUUAAGUUCAACUCUAAUCUUGACUAGAUGUAUGCAUUUUUUGUAGUGCUAUCUUAUAUUUUACACAUACACCAGAUUUUGCACAUACUGUUUAGAGCUUGUAUAUGAACUUGUCAUUUUACCCACCCACAGCCCUGUAUUCCCACACUUACCUUACAUUGAUAAUGCAAGUCAGGAUACUUUACAUCUCUGUGUUUCUUACUUUAGUGUUUGUGAUACUAAUACUUCUCUAACAGAAAAAAAAUUCUUAAUCAUAAUAAAGUGGUGUCAUAUUUUAAUGUAAUUCAUGCAAUUUUUGUAUCUCAUAAUGGAAUUUGAUUGUAAAAAAUUGACCAAUGUAACUAAAAAAUAAACAGAUUCUUUUUUUUAUAGUUAAGUUGUUUCUUGUCCCCUUAGGUUCUUAGACUUUUAAAUAAACAUGUAAUAG